AUGGCAGAAUCACUGGCGAGCCCGCAGAGUGGCACAUUCGAAGCACUACAAGCAAUAAAUCAGCGCGCGAGUAGUGGGCGACGACCACGACCAGCCGACAUUACCAUCAUCGGGGACGAAAAUAGGAUCCCACUGCGCGUCAAGAGGUCGAUGAAGCGGGAAUCCAUGGUUGGCUUGAGGAACAUAUUCGGCAGGUCAAAAGCGGGGAAGGACGACGAUGUCGCUGAAGAGUCAGCGUCCCUACAAGAGUUGCGAUCUGGUGGAAUUCGGGCUUCAUUGGCCGAGAUCAGCAAUUGGCCUCACAGACUACACUCCUCACGCUCGCAGCUGUCCCUGUUGAGUCCACCAUCAACUGCGUCGAGGUCUACCGCCGAUCUUCUAACCCCACCUCGAUCACGGCAAGGCAGUGCCGACAAGGAGAAGCCUCUACCGCUCGCGCCCCAGAAGGCGCAAGCUGCGGCGAUGGGUUGGGAAGCACCACCAUUGUUCAAGGUCUUCACCCAGGCUGUGAAGCAUGCGACCUUGCCGGCGUGCAAUGUUUCCAUGGAGACACUCGCGCGCCUGAGCGACUUGUCACAGAGCAACAACCACGGGCUGGAUCAAGUUGGGGACCAUGGAAUCGACAGAAAAGGCGAUACGGUGAAGAGGAGGCAGCGCAUCGCCGGCCGAAAGAAUUCUUUGGAUUGGACAAGGAAAAUAUAUGUCCUUGUCACCUCCGGAUACAUCCUGCAAUAUGCCGUGGAUGGCAACUUCGACAGGUUACCAGAAAAGGUCUUGCAGCUUACGAAAGACUCCGCUGCCUACGCCAGCGAUCUGAUUCCCGGUAGACAUUGGGUCCUGCAGGUGGCUGCAUCAACUGACGCGGACGGAAACCCGUCGUCCGACCACAAGUCGCUCAUGACCAAGCUUUCUCCAAGAGGCAACGACCGGAGACAGGUCUACAAGACCUUGCUGAUUUUUGAAAACCCCGAGACGAUGGACGACUGGCUGGCAACAUUGCGGCGCGAGAUCGAGUCUCUGGGUGGCAAAAAGAAGCUAUCAGAGACUGGAAAACCCGACGUCCACGAAAUCGUGAGUGUAUUGAGAGAACAACCUAGCCAGAGGACACUUGUUCUCCGUGAUCCAGAACGCUUCUCUCGUGUCGUCACCGAAGAUUUCUCAUACACACAAAAGAAUGCUCUGAUCGACCCUGCGGAUAGCGGCAUUUUUAAUCCAGCCGCAGAGCGAACGUCGGAAUCGACCCACGAUGGUGACUCCACUACUGCGAGUCUAGUUUCAGCCGACGGCCGUCAUCUCGAAAGCCUUCGUGAUAGUCAUGAUAGUGGCAUCGGCAACCGGCUAUCAUACAUAUCUUCGGGCCAGAGGACGGUUGUCACAUCGACAGGCUCUUCCCCGGGCUGUUCUCCGACACGAGAGAGUUUCUCGAGCUUUGAGGAUCCUCGAAUUGCACCUGGUGUACCAGAAGUCCAUCUGCGACCGAAUGCUGCAGCAAUCUCGAGUCGUCGAAUGUCGAUGCAAACUGCGGUGCCCGGCCUCGAGCCUGUUGAAGAUACAAGUGCAUAUACACAUUCAACAGUCUCAACUUCGAGUCAAGAGUGUCUUCAGCAAUCCACGCCAGGCAUACAAGCUGUGCCCAACUUCAGCGUGCCGCACACGGCAAUCAGGCGGUUCUCCUCGUUGAGCCCAAUAUGCACUAAUGUCACCGCGAAAGUAUCGCAGACCCCUGAGCCCGAGAAGCCAUCAAAGCCUAUCCGAAGAACUCCACCAACAGCGCUCGCGUUGUCACGUCCUCUUUCGACAGUUGUUGAUCAGCCAACUCCCGUAUCUCCCCUCUCUGCGGUUUCCAAGAAGUGGAAGUCACUGAGUCCGUUCCCACGCGCUGCAUCUGGGGCAAAGGACUCACCUAUCAACGGCUCGUCCUGGACUAGCAACUACUCUGUACGCGAGCCACAAGGCAGGGCAGAUGUCCCUAAAGUCCCCAAGCGGCAUUCGAGUGUGAUGUCGACCCAAAUGGCGGACGCCGUUCAGUCAAGCAUAAGCUCAAACCGAAGAAGUGUAUUGCACUCAGACAGACUUGAUGCGCCGGAGCACAUUCCGAGAGCCGCUUCAGCGAUGGAUUCGUACGGCCCAACCCGAAGACUUUCGACGACCCCAAGUACCAAAAACCAACCCUUCAAAAGAUCAGAUUUCUCGGUCGACGGCUCAUUCUCUCAGGACCUGCAAUACUCAUUCUCCCAUCGCGCAGAACGGAGUGCACCUCGUAAUGAGGAGUCAAGACCCGCACCCACGGUCGUAUGCUCUUCCAAACGUUCGGCCUCAUCACUGCGGACUUGUCAGCAGAGCCAGUCGCCGCCGUUCCUGGGCGUAGACCCAGACUUGAAAGCGCGCAUGUCUCGAAGGAGCUUGCCUCAACUCGCAGAAGGACCGCCUCCGGCGCCGCCGCCAAACUGCGCACUUCCCCCUAUUCCGAAGAAAGCCUCGAGAACACUCCGAAGCAUCAAGGCUUGA